UAUAACUAUAGAAUAGAUCUAGAUCUAGAAUCUAGAUUAUGUAAUAGACAUAUGAAAAGCAAAAACUGCUUUUGCACCAAUUUAGUUAUGGCAAGCAACUGAAUAAACCAUGUCUGGUUUCAUAGCUUCACAAGACUUAAGUCCAGAGUGUGGGGGCACUUCAAAUUCUGCCACUGUAAAAAGUAGUAAUGAUAAUCUUAGAUCUGAUGAGGCAAGUGAGUAUUUGGAUCCAAAAGUAGAAAAAAAGGACUCAGAACCAAACACUGAUGGACAUUUCAUUUUUAAGUAUCAGACUUCUGGUGAUAUUAGACAGCAGCUGCUUGUUCAAAGAACAUUCACAACAAAUGAUGAACACCCAGAGCCAAGGACAAAAGUAAGAGUUUGCACUAAUGCUACCGGCACCCCAACUGUAACUGUUAGCCCAAGUAGUGGAUCUAUGAGGUUGAAUGGUCCAAACUUAGAUGGUGGAGAUACAAAUGCAAAUUCAAACCGUUCCCAAACAUGCACAGUGCCCUCUUUCAUAUCCCCUUCUUCUCAUGGAUAUUACGAACGACUUGGUUUGACUUCACAUGAUAUGCAAACAAUUUUUAAAACUCCCAAUCGUAACCAAAGACUGAAUGAUGAGGCUUCAGGGAUAACACCAUCAAGAUGUGGAACACCACUUCUUCAUUCUCCUGCUAGUACUGCAUCGUAUGGCUUUACCCCCGGACGUCAGUUUAUCAACCCGUUUGAAGUUGAUCAUGACAGAUUACAUAUGCCCAUCUUCAGUCCUAAUAUGUUUAAAGCAGUAAAUGCAGGUGCUCAACCAAAGAAGAAAGAAGAGGGAUUUUGGUCAUUGGAGCAUGCAGCUUUAAUUAUGCCUGCAGAAAUUAAAGAAGCAGAAUUUCAAAGGCAGCAUCGUUAUCAACAAAAGAUAGACAGAGAACAAGAUGCAAGGGUUCAGUCAGCAAUAAACAAAUUUUUCUCCAAUGAGGUGAUUGUUCCGUCACCUUGGAGUGAAAAAGUUACACACAUCCUUCCUCGUACACCUGGAAGUGUUAGAUCAGUGUCAUGUCAAACAUCUAUGUCUGUUUCUCCAAAUGUUGAUUUAAUUUCGGAGUUGGAAGGAAAAUAUUUGCUGCCAGAGUAUAAAACAGACUCUUCCCCCUCUGUUGAGUCUAUUGGUAACUCUUUCAUACGUAGGAAACUGUUGCAUCAACUCAAUAGUAAUGACAGCGAUUUGUUCACUUCUCCUGUUUUGCCUUCUAGACCAAUGGAAGAGGUUUCCAGCUCUCCCUCUCCAGUGAAACAAACAACUCCAGAAUGGGAAAAGCAGACACCUAACACAGGUGGAUCUGGUCAUUUUUCUUCAAGUCCUAUCAGAUACACUUCAGGUGACAGAGGAUAUGCUUUAUCAGAAAGUGAUCUCCUUGCAUCACCUGAGUUAUCACCCAUCACAUCAAGAACAGGUAGAUCAAUGCGUUCUUCUGGCAUCUAUCAUCCAAACUGUGAUACAGAAAAUGCACGGACAGUUAUGCAACUAGAUUUUUCAUCUAUCCUCAAUGACCCAGAUGAUGAUCCAGAAGACAUUACAGAUAAAACUGGCACUGUGAUACAGAGAGGGCUAUCUGUCAAUCAACAGUCUGAAACUAGCACAUUGAACAACGACGCUUUAUCAAGAUCUUUUGAUCCACACCUGGUUAUAUCUUGUGCCUCACAAGACAGUGACGGCAGGGUUGGCUCUCACCAGUCUCUCCUUGCCCUCGCUACAUCAGCCGAGUCCAUGACAACUUCAGUUCCUCAUUGCUCAGCCAGCCAGGACACUGGAUACCAGACAGCUAGCUUGCAGUCAACAAAUCACGAAUCUGGCUCUUAUUCCAGUCUAGACAACGCAGCAACUCAUUUUGUUCCUGAAGCAAAAUUAGCAACAAUGGAAUGCAAUGUUAGCCCCUUUGCUGGGAUUGGUAAAGACCAUCCCCAAACUGUUAAUGCUUACAGCUCUGAGAUAUGCCUCAAUGAUGGCAGUUUUCUCGCAUACUCACACCCUUCUAGAGAAAAACUGUAUGCCAGUGAAGUUUUAGUGGGGAGAAAAGGCAUACCCUGUCGUUCCAGGAAAGUUAGAACUAUGAUAGAUGUACGCACAUCGAAAGAAAAAAGCACUGUCAGUAGAGAUCUAACACAUUCAUUUAAUGAAGAAACAGAAAAAUUUGACUUUGCUAGUGGGCCUACCCAUGAAACUUCUGGUGACAUUGUGAUGGAUAGAGAGGAUUUAAAUUUCCCACCCUUUUCACUUGAAGUUGACAUCAAUAAUAAAAAAACAGAAGUACAAGAAAUUCUUGAUGCUAGCAUGCGAAGCUCCAGUCCCAAUUUUUCAGCUACAAGUAAAAAAGUGCCAAGCAUGCGUAGUGAUACAUUAUCUCCAAGUCUAUUUGACAGACCAUUGUACAGCAGAAACACAGUUUUCAGUGAAUCUCCCUCUGGGAAAAAUAGUGAUGAUACACUACUCGUAGCUAGGGAACUUUUGGGUAAAUCAGAACAAUUCAGGAUGAUGCUGACACAUCGGAGCACACAGGAUUCCUUUUUCGUUGAGGCUCACGACACUGAAAAUCAAGAUCCCAUGUUACAGAGUGUGGGUGGGGAGAGUUCUGCAUGCUGCAACAGGUCAAAAACCCCUCCAUUCCGGAUUGAUCCUGUAGACUCGUCAACACCAACAACUAAAAUGCUCAACAGUUUAAAGGAGAAAAUUGAAAAUGUUCAAGGGGAGAAAUUAGGAAGUGAAAUAGCUGCAGAAAUUUUGAAACGUGCUGGAGAUGAUUUAGCGAUACUGUCUGGUAUUUUAGGCAAGAAAUCUUGACUUUAGUUAAAAUAGAUACAUAUCUGAUACUUGUUACAAACUUGCUCAAAUGUGCCAUUGAGAGGUAUUGAUAUUGUUUCUAUAAUUUUGUGCGCCUUAUGAUGGGUUAUAACAAAGACAAUGUAAAUGGAAAAUGUAUUUUUAAAAAGCACUUAAUAGACCACUACAGGUAUAUAUUUUUAGUAACUACAUCCAAUGUUUUUCUUUGAAUGCACCUCAUUUUGACUAUGCUACACUAACAGUCAUUGUUGCACCAUUUAAUUUUGAUAUUUAACCAUUGUCACUGUACUGUUACUGUGCCAAAAAUAAGAUACAAUUUAGUAAGUUUUUAUUUAGAAUUUGAUUCUGUGGAGUGAUGUAAUUAUUACUAUUAGCACUGUAUUAUUAAUUAUAUAAUUGAAAUGCAAUUAAAGUAUUAUCUUGAAAAUUAAACGUGUUCUUGUAACUAAGAUUUGUUACACUUGGAUCAAUCAUUAUCAAUGUGAAACAAUUAGAAACCAUAAACAGGAUCCAUUACUUUAAUUUCAACUACAUGCAUAAAAUAUA